UGCGUACUUCCGGCUGCCGGGUUGACAUGAAGAAGCAGCGGCGGCUAGGGCGGCAGUAGCGGCGGGAGUCGAGGCUUGCAGCGGGACUCAGAGCUGAGAGCGCGGUGCGGCCUAGAGCAGCAGGCGGUGCGGUGGGCCGAGGAGGAGGCGCAGCAGCCGCCCUGGCCCGUCAUGGAGAUGGAAAAGGAGUUCGAGCAGAUCGACAAGGCCGGGAGUUGGGCGGCCAUUUACCAGGAUAUCCGACACGAAGCCAGUGACUUCCCAUGUAGAGUGGCCAAGCUUCCUAAGAACAAAAACCGAAACAGGUACAGAGAUGUCAGUCCCUUUGACCAUAGUCGGAUUAAACUGCAUCAAGAAGAGAAUGAUUACAUCAAUGCUAGUUUGAUAAAGAUGGAAGAAGCCCAGAGGAGUUACAUUCUUACCCAGGGCCCUUUGCCUAACACGUGUGGUCACUUUUGGGAGAUGGUGUGGGAGCAGAAAAGCAGGGGCGUUGUCAUGCUCAACAGAGUGAUGGAGAAAGGAUCGUUAAAAUGUGCGCAGUACUGGCCACAAAAAGAAGAAAAAGAAAUGAUCUUUGAAGACACAAAUUUGAAAUUAACCUUGAUCUCUGAAGAUAUUAAGUCGUAUUACACAGUACGGCAGCUAGAAUUGGAAAACCUCACAUCUCAAGAAACUCGAGAGAUCUUACAUUUCCACUAUACCACGUGGCCUGACUUUGGAGUCCCCGAAUCGCCAGCUUCAUUCCUGAACUUUCUUUUUAAAGUUCGUGAGUCGGGGUCACUGAGCACAGAGCACGGCCCUGUCGUGGUGCACUGCAGUGCCGGCAUCGGCAGGUCGGGGACCUUCUGUCUGGCUGACACCUGCCUCUUGCUGAUGGACAAGAGGAAAGACCCUUCUUCUGUCGACAUCAAGAAAGUUCUGUUAGAAAUGAGGAAGUUUCGGAUGGGACUGAUCCAGACAGCAGACCAGCUCCGCUUCUCUUACCUAGCUGUGAUCGAAGGUGCCAAAUUCAUCAUGGGAGACUCUUCAGUGCAGGAGCAAUGGAAGGAGCUCUCCCAUGAGGACCUGGAGCCCCCACCCGAACACGUCCCCCCUCCUCCCCGGCCCCCCAAACGAAUCCUGGAGCCACAUAAUGGGAAGUGCAAGGAAUUCUUCCCCAACCACCAGUGGGUAAAGGACGAAACUGGGGAGGAUAAAGAAGCCUGCUCCAUCAAGGAAGAAACCAGAGCCCCCUUAAAUGUCCCUUGCGGCUUGGAAAGCACGAGUCCAGACACUGAAGUCAGAAGGCGGGCCGUGGGGGCAGAUCCUGCCCAGGGGGAGCCCUCGCCACCCAAGGAGGAGCAGGACCAGGCGCUGACUCCCUGGAAGCCCUUCCUGGUCAACAUGUGCAUGGCCACGGUCCUGACGGCCGGCGCGUACCUCUGCUACAGGUUCCUGUUCAGCAGCAGCACAUAG